CUGCAGACCGGAAACAGUAUCGGUACGUCUUUAUUAUGAUCCCCCGCAUCUGACUCUUGUCCGAUGUAAGUGUGCUCUAUUUUCAGGAAUAUCAGAAUGGAUGUCCUUGAUCACAUGCUGACAGACCCCCUGGACUCAGAGAAGGCCAAUGAUGGGCGCAUCACUGAAGAGUGCAUGUUGGGAGACUUUCAAGUGAGCCUUCCAGAAGACCUGCUUGAGGAUCCUGAAAUCUUCUUCGAUGUGCUGAGUGAAAGCACAUGGUCUAAAGUGCUGACCGAUGAACAGAGGCAGCAUCUCCGUCAAUUGUUACCGCACUUUCCCGACGACAACACCUCUGAGCAGGACCGCACCAUCAGCGACCUCUUCAACAACCAGAACUUCUGCUUCGGAAACCCCUUGCACCUUGCACAGGAACUGUUCAGAGAUGGCCAUUUUAAUCCAGAAGUGGUCAUGUACAGAGAGCUGUGUGCCAAGUCCCAGAAAAAACGUCAGCUCUCCUUUUUGCAGCAGUACUACCACAAACUCCUCAAACAGAUCCUGGUCUCUAGAAAGGAACUACUGGAGUUGGCGGUCCGCAGUGGCCCUGACAUCGCGGUAAAGAGAAAGUGCCCCGCCCGGACGCCUGGUGAGAUGCAGGAACAGAGGGUCAGAGGAAGAGUCUGCUGGAUACUAAGGGAAGUUAAAACGGAGUGUGGAGACCGGUAUCCGUCAUCUGACGAUGAUGCCUCUUCGCUGCCAACACCUCAGUCUUCUUCCUCUCCCAAACCUACUGUCUUUGUCAGGGGUCUGCCCAGUCUCUCCACCCAGGACAUGAAAACCACCGAUAAGCCAGAGCUGGGAGCGAAGGACAUGAGAGCCAUGCUACGGAGACAUAGAGAAAAGAGGAGACGACAACCGGAUCAUCCAGAUUUGAUGACCUCUGACAUCCACUUGGGCGACAUGAUGUCUAGAGUGGACAUUGGUCGUAAAGGCGCCAUGAUGGGCGAGUACGAACACCAACAUCAUAAACCACUGUUUGACCCGGCUCUGCCCAAGAGGAAGAUGAGGGAGGAGAGGAGAAAGAAGAUGAGGAGAAUUAAAGUGGAGUCCGAGGAUCCCUGUCAGGCUCUGAUGCCUUCAGAAGCUCCAGCUCCAUCACUUGACAUCCCAGCUGCUCUUCCUAACACCCCAGUCACUCCGCUGCCCAGUGUCAAGGAAGAGCCGUUGGGGGUGGUGCAGGACAACCCUGUCAUGGUGGAGGAGAUUGCUGUGACCUUCUUCAACCUGCUGGAGAAUAUCCUGAGACUAGAGGGGCUCGCCAGCACAGCCAUGUUGGAGGAGAAGGUCCGACAGUGGCAGACAUCUCCAGCUAGUUCUCUGAACCCCCGGUUCUCCUCGGCCUCCUGCUGGUCAGAGAUGGUGCUGCCGGCCCUGCACUUCCUGGCUGGGGAGACUAAAGUUGGUAAGAUGGCUCUUCCCAGUGGCUUCACCCCUUAUGUUGUGUUUAGGGAAAGCUCACAGCAAUGGAAAUGGAUUGGUCUUGAAGGUCCCAGUCAGGAUUUGAGUGCUCUGUGGCAGCUGUGGGUCGACUCCAAGGACCUGGUUGUGGUCAAGGCAGAAUGUGAAGAACUAGGAGAGAUGACUUCUCCCACCCCUAGAGCUUGGAUAGACUACGUGGUGCGGGCCAGCACUGGAGACGAGAGGCAUGUUUUUCAAGUGCAGGAACAACAGCGGUAUGACCAGCCACACAAAGCCUUCACCUUCAGAAUGCAUGGCUUUGAGUCUCAGGUGGGGCCUGUUAAGGGGGUCUUUGACAAGGAGAUGUCUCUCAACAAAGCCAGAGAACACACUCUGCUGCGCUCGGACCGCCCAGCCUAUGUCACCAUCCUCUCCCUGGUGCGGGACGCAGCAGCCCGUCUGCCCAACGGAGAGGGGACCAGGGCUGAGAUCUGUGAGCUGCUCAAGGACUCGCAGUUCCUGGCACCAGAUGUCACCAGUGCUCAGGUGAACACGGUUGUGAGUGGGGCUCUGGACAGGCUGCACUAUGAGAAGGACCCCUGUGUGAAGUACGACAUCGUCCGCAAGCUGUGGAUCUACCUGCACCGCGACCGCGGUCAGGAGGAGUUUGAGAAAAUUCACCAGGCUCAAGCUACCGCUGCCAAGGCCAGAAAGACACUGCAGCAGAAACCUAAACCUGCAUCCAAGCCUAAUGGUCCACCACCCAAAGGACAUCCGGCCAACUUGGCACAACUGUGGGAAGCAUUGGAGUCAACAUGGGCCAGCAUCCCUGUGGAACGCUUUCAACACCUUCUAGAGUCCAUGCCCCAACUUAAUAUAAGGAAGUCUGGCAGUAAGGAGGGUGGUGGUAAGACCUCUGGAGGCCUGGAUGCAGGUGAUAUGGUGGGUCCCAUGUCCCCAACUCCCAGCACCCCUGGAACCCCCAAAUCACCCCUCACCCCUGUAGCCACAACCCCCACAAAAGCCGGGAUCCCAGAUUCAGUCAAGACCGGUCCUGGUGUUCUCUUAGUGUCUCCUCCCCCCAUUUCUCAACUGGGGACCCUGUUGUCCAGCAGCCAGUCUGGCCCACAGGUCUCUCAGCCAGCUACCUCCCAGCACUCAGCCAGGGUAGUGGGCCACCAGUCAGGCUCUCUGCCCCAGGUAAGAGUGGUCUCUGCCCAGACAGCAAGAGGACAGCAGGCCAUGUUGGUGCACCAGACCCCUCGACAGAUCAGAGUGCCAGUCACCGUGGGUGCUAAGGCCAUCACACAGACCGUGGUGUCGUUACCACUAAGGACCCAGUCUUUUGGUAGCCCCAUCCAGGGGCAGGCAGCCAGAGGGCAGACGACCCUGUCGAUGUCAGGCCUGACCACUGCUCAGACUGGCUUCCCUGGCAGCCCUGCACACCACCCAGCCUCCCCCGCUGUCCUACAGGGAGUCACCAGCCAGAACAUCAUCCAACAGCUGAACAGGAAAAUGGUGGCCAUCACAGGCCAGAUGGGCGUGAAGGCUCAAGGUGGAGCAGCUAUUCCAAUACCCGCUACGAAUCUCCGCAUCCAGGGCAAAGAUGUGCUCCGCCUGCACCCCUCCUCCAUCACCACAGACUCUAAAGGACAGACGGUGCUGCGGAUCACACCUGAAAUGAUGGCCACCCUCACCAAGUCCCCCGUCACCACCUUCAAACUCACCCCCGACAUGUUAGGCACCGCCACCACCAAGAGGAUAUCCACUACUCUCCAUUUGACCCCACCCCACCACUCCUCCCCCUGCAGCCCAGCCUCCUCCUCGGGUGACGUUCUGACGAGCAAGGCCUCCGCUGGCACCACCACCCUGCUGAAGGCUGCAGGGGACGCUAUGCGCCUGAUGCCCACCCUGGCAGUCGCUAUGGCCGAGCAGAAGGCCAGAACCUUCUCCACCGUCUCCUCGUCUGACUCGAAGAGUGGCACCACCGUACGAAUAAUGCCCGGCCUCGGGGUCAUCCCUCAGAAACGGGGUCAAGCCAUCACCGUGACAACCAACACCGGCAGCAAACCAGUCUCCACUGGGGCUGCGACUGUCCCCAUAGCCACCAGCGGAGUGGCCGUAGCUAGAGGGGUGACGAUUGGCCCUUCUGCCUCAGGCCCUCUGACUCAGGGAACAGCUACUGUUCGCCAGGUCCCCGUCACAGCCACAGUGGUGUCCACACAACCAGGGAAGCUACCAGCUCGGAUCCCAGUGCCUCUGUCUCUCCUCAGCCAACCACUUAAAAGCAGGAGUGGGAUGACCACGCCCAUACUGAAAGGGAACAUCAGUACGAAUAUCAGCAGUCUGGGCAGGAACAUCAUCCUCACCACCAUGCCUGCAGGCACCAAGCUGAUAGCUGGGAACAAGCCAGUCAGCUUUGUCACGGUGCAACAGUUACAGCAGCUGCAGCAACAGGGACAGGCCACUCAGGUGUGUAUCCAGACGGUGCCAGCCCAGCAGCUCCAGCAGCGCUCUGCAGCAGGCUCCCCCGAGUCUGUGUCCGCUGUCGUAGUCACCACCGCACCCUCACCCAAACGGACCCCGGACCCGCCGGCACAGUGAGACGCAGUCCCAAAGCCUGCUACUGCUCUCUGCGGUGCUACAACCUGCGCUUCAGAGGCAAGUGAUGCUUGGGAGCCAUAGCGCAUCUCAAUGUCUCUCAAUGUUUUGGAGGACACUGAUGUCUGGAGCGUUUGCAGCAGAGGAACGGAGGAGAAAUCCCAGGACAGCGUGAGACAUUUGGUUUCACCUGACAUACAGUGCCUUCUGAAAGUACUCCUACCCCUUGACUUAUUCCACAUUCGUUGUUACAGCCUGAAUUCAAAAUGGAUUAAAUAGAUUUUCUUUCUCACCCAUCUACACACAAUACCCCAUAAUGAUAAAGUGAAAACAUGUUUUUAGAAAUAUUAGCACAUUUUAUUGAAGAUUAAAAGCAUAUCUCAUUUG